AUGAACCCAGAGCUGCUGAUGCAGAUCUUGUCCUUCCUAUGGGCCUCAGGGGCUUUCUGCUCGGUUUCGGCUCACCAUCUGCAAAGAGUGCCUCAUGCGGGACCUGCGCUGCCACGUCGCGGCGGUGCCGCUGGCGAGGGCGGACGCCUCCGAGGAGGCGCACGGGUUGAUUCCGUCGGGCUGCGACUUAUUCUCGCGGCGGACGUGCUGUACUCGCCCGACGCGGCGGAGCAGGAGGCGCUGCGCGGCGCGAUGCUCGCGCUGGCGGCGCCGCGGUGCGCGCUGGUGCUGCACGCGUACGAGGAGCGGUGGGACUACGUGCACGAGCCGUGGCGGCGCUCGCUGGCCGGCAGCGGGCUGCGGCUGCAGAGCGAGGAGGAGCUGCUCCUGCCGACGACCGGCGCCGACGGAGCGCCGACGCUGUUCAGCGCGCCGUCCGAGCUCGGAUCGGUUGAGCGCCGGGUGGGCUCAUCUCGUAAGGAGCUGGCCCGAAACCAGUAUGCGGCAAGCCUGCGCCACAUUCAGCUCUCGCAAUCAGUGGCUGUCGCCGACGCCACCGCCGCCAUGAGCGAGGCUUCGGCAGUGUCGGCCUCAGCAUCCAAGAGCGCGCCGCCCGCCGAGCCUGCCGGCGAGACGAGGCUCUGCGGCCGCACGCACGAGCGCGACGGCGGCGCCAUUGGAUGCGUCCUGCCUGCUGGCCACGCUGGGCAGCACGCCUUCACUCUGCAGGGCAAGCGGGCUCGCUGCGUAAAGCGCCCGUUCGACCCGUCUGAUGUCGAGGCGGAGGAGCGCAGCAAGGGCGCUUCGAGACAGGACGGCGAAGAGUCGGAGGUGGAGGUGGAGGCGGCGGCAGGAAAGGCGGCGCCAGCAGGCUCGGAGGCCAUGUCUAGCCAGGAGGCUCCGGUGGCGGAGGCGGAGGGCUUGCGCUUGCAUCUCUCCAGCAGCAGCACCGGCUACUUAGCCGUGUACGAGCAGUCUGGCCGCUUCCAGGCGCAGCACAGGGUGGACGGCAGGCACGUCUACAUCGGCCUAUUCGACACAGCAGUGGAGGCGGCGGUGGCGUAUGCGAAGGCGGUCGGCGAGUACCAUCCUCCGACAGUGGCUGCGGAGGCGGAGGGCUUGCGCUUGCACCUGUCGAGCCGCAGCAGCACCGGCUACAGGGGCGUGUACGAGCACUCUGGCCGCUUCGCGGCGAACCACAGUGUGGACGGAAAGAACGUCGCCAUCGGCACCUUCGACACAGCGGUGGAGGCGGCGGUGGCGUACGCGCGGGCAGUGGGGGAGGCGGAGCUGCUGGCGGCGGCAGGCGGGCAUGCCGUCAGGGAGAAGCGGGCGCGAGGAGCGACAGACGCGGGGCGAGGUGGUGGUGGCGGCGGCGGCGGCGGCAGCGGCGGCGGCAGCGGCGGCGUCGCGCUGUCAUCCUCGAGCGACGCCGCGCCCUCUGCGCCCGACGCGAGCGUUCAACGCGAGGCGGCGGGGGCGGAGGGAGAGGACGAUGCGGUGGAAGUGGAGGUGGAGCAGGAGGAGGCGGAGGCGGAGGAGGAGGAGGCGGAGGAGGAGGCGAUGAGCGACUACGACGAUGGGGUGGAGGAGGUGGCGCCGCCGCUUCAAAGCUCCGCCGCUGCCGCUCCGUUGCUGGAAGGCGGCGACGUGCAGAUCUCUGCCGCAUCAGGCGCUUCGGAACUAGUCAAUGAUCAACGCUUGCUGCCCGAGCACUUGCCGCACCAGCGGGCGCUCUGCCCACUCCACCCCUUCCAUGCGGCCGAGAGGCCGGUCGCGGCGCCGGUCGAUGGCAAUGAGGCGGCUUGCCCCAACUGCUAUUGCCUCAUCUGCGAUGCGCGCGUGUCCGAAUGCGGUCACUGGCGGGGCGGCGACGCGCCAGCGCACUGCAAUGCGCAUAGCAGUAGCGCAUUGUGGCGCCAGAAGCGCAUCAAUGCGAAGCGGCAGCGCACGCGCGCGGGGCGGCGGCUGCGCUCUCACCGUCGAGCCGGCGCCGACUCCGGGCACCACACCCUCGGCGAGGCCGGCCUGCGAGCGCUGCAGAGCGGCCAGCGCCUGCUGCUGCUGCAGCAGCUGCGCCUGCAUCUGCGCCAGCACGUCCUGCGUCUGGGGCUGCUGCGGCGGCUGCGGCGGGGGCGGCGGCUGCGCUGCCGCUGGCGCAGGGCGAAGAAGAUCAGCGGCUCGCUCGACCUCGCGCCGCACGCCUCCUACUCGCGGCAAUCGACGACGCUCUCGGUCCCGCUGGCCAAGGGCGCCGCGACGCUGCACCUGCAGCUGACGUCCGCCUGGCUCAAGCGAGGGCUGGGCGGCGGCGACGACUCGGACGGCGCCUCGUCGUCCGCCGUGUCCGAGUCGUCGAUCGGAUCGUCGGACGCGCACUGGAUCGGCGGCGCGGGCGGCCAUCCGCGCGGCGAGCUUUGCGGCAGGGCGGCGCAGAGGGCGGCGGAGGAGAAGGAGGCGGCGCGGCACGCCGAGGAGCUGCUGGCGGAGGUCGAGGCGGAGAAGCGCGCCAAGGGCAAGAAGGGCAAGAAGAAGAAGAAGGGCGGCGGGGCGGGCGGGGCGGGGCCAUCGCAGGAGCCCGAGGAGGUUGCCGAGGCGCCGUCGGAGGCAGACGCAGCCAAGGCGGCGAAGAAGGCCGAGGAGGCGAGGCUUCUCCAGCUUCUCGAGACGCUCACCGAGGAGAGGAUCCGGUUCGGCAUCACGGCGCAGACGUCGGUCGAGGGGCUGGCGGAGGCGCUGGGAGAGGCGGCGGGCGAGGCGAGCGAGGAGGAGGGCGACGAGGAGACGGCGGAGGCGGCAGCGGAGGCGGCAGCGGAGGCGGCAGCGGAGGCGGCAGCGGAGGCGGCAGCGGCUGUGGCAGCGGCAGAGGAGGAGGAGGCUGCCGCAGCGGAGGAGGCGGCGGAGGAGGCGGCAGUAGCGGCGGCCGAGGCAGCAGCGGCGGCGGCAGAGGCGGCGCUCGCCGCAGCCAAGGCUAGGCGCGCUUCAGGUGCCGCUGCGAGGGCCAAGGCGCGGGAGGCGGCUUAG